AUGUCUAGUCAUUUGGGUCAGCGAAACUUCGACGAACUUCCGGCCUCUGUCGGUCAUUCGGUGUUCUUCUGUCGAGCUUUAAAAGAUCUCACUUUGGCUAUAGAGAAAGAAGAAAUUGUUAGGAAGGUGACGAAAAGCGGCACGGCUCCGUUGCUGGUUCGUUCAACGCGCUAUGAGUAUAAACCGAGUGCGGUGACAGUGUAUAAAGCAAAUUCAGAGCUGACUGAGCCGCUAGCCCUCAAUUUCCAUGAAGCUCCUCGUCGCGCACCGUCAGUGAAUUCUUUGAGCGGUUUCAGUAGUGAAAGUGGUGCAUCAACUGCAACGCAGGUUUGUAAUGACGUUUUGCAACUCCUUUAG